GACCUUUAUGUGAAAAGGCUCCGUGAUGCUGUUGCAAUCCAAAGUGUUUCAGCUUGGACGGAAGAAAAGUACAGAAAUGAAAUUGUCAAGAUGGUCAAUCAUGUGAAAGAUGUAGGGUGUUUGCAUUUUAUACUUUAUUAUUCAUGGCUGGGUUUAAUAAUUAAUUAUUAAUGUAAUCAAUCAUCACCUCCAUAGAAAAACCCAUAAUCUGAUGAACUAAAAAAAAUGCUUAUGUACAUGCAGAAAAAUUUGUUUUUAAGUACAUUAAUUUCCCUUCCAUUCAAAACAUCAUCAUACACUGUACGUUCAGAUGGAGAGAUUGUGCCAAACAUGUGAGCAUAUAUACAUGCAAAGGUUACGGUAAUAUUUUCCUUUCUUUACGGAACGUGAAAGGUGUUCUCUGUGUUUUUUACUUCAGUACCUGGAAAUAAAUUCAGUCUUGUGAGGUAAAUUUAGAGCAGCUGCUAAGUGUUUUUGUUUAUUAUGGACCAGCUGGAAUCCUUAGAGUUUUGGAACUAUUAAAUUUUCUUGGCAUCAUCAUGCUGCAUGAACUUGUUGGUGUUAGCUUCCAGUUGACUCCAUUGUGAUGGUGUUAUUAGUUUUUCCAUAUUAACUGGUUGACGGGAGGGUGAUUAUCUUGAAUCAAUAUUAAAAGUGGUGUGAAAUGGCACAUUUUGAUAUGCUGUCUCAUCAAUGAACUGAAGAAAUGAUUAUUAGAGUCAUCAAAGUUUAACUUGCAGCAAUAUUUAUACUGUCUUGUUAACAGGAAGUAAUACGUCUGGGAGGAGAGGCUGAGUUAGCUGAACUUGGACCUCAAAAAGGCACUGAAAACCUUCAACUCCCUCCUGUUUUGUUGGGGACGCUUGGAAGUGAUCCUGCUAAGAAAACUGUAAGUUUAUAAUCGCAGUUAAAGACACAAAAUGCAGUUGCAAAAAGAAAACCCGAAAAAAUUUAGGCUUGCUGAGAUUUGAACCUGGAUGUUUGAUACCGGUGCCGUGCUCUAAGUAAUUGAGUUAGCAAGCCAGCUGGGAACUGGUCAGGGACACCCAAUGACUUUUUUCUGUAAAAGAACUGUUUGAAGGAGCAAAUAUUGCCUAGAAAUUUCUAAAAUUCGAGAAAGACUAAAAACUUCUGGAUCGCCGUUCCGGUCGCCUAAGAUAUUCGGAGUUUUUCUACUUUUUUUUUUAAUUUGUUACCUAUGAUUAUUGAAAGUUGUGUUGUGUGCUAAAAAGAGCAUCUCCUCAAAAUUUCGGUAUGAAGACAAAGCACCUCUAGAACUUUUGUAUGAUAGUACGGCUACUCCAUUUCCUUGAACUUUCAAUCCAACCUAAUGGGAUAGCUAUAACAGUUUCAGAUGAGAUGAAGAAGCCACCUAGAACUUUUGAAAUGGCCAAAGUUCCCCUAAGACAUCUGAACAGAUAAAUAGUUUUUAGGGCAAUUCCAAAUUAACCAAGAUUUAUGCAAACAGGCCCCUAAAGUACAGAGAAAACCAUUUGAGACACUUCUGAAGUAUUUGGAAACAUUCGGUUGUUGGGUGCCCCUGGCUGGUCAUUAGAUUGGCUCAUAAUAUACCCGGGAAAGACGAAAAAACAAUUAAAGCCUGAAAUAAUUUAGGCUUACCGACAAGCCUAAAGGGCUAUGUUGAAACAUUGAGAUUCAGAAUCAUGAUAUCACUAUUACUAGCUACUGGCUUAAUUAACCUGAGGAUGGAUAUUACCCUUGACAUAAUUAUUCAAGGGCAAUCGCAAGCAUGUAUUAUUUUUAAAAAAGUGAUAAAAAUUACUAAAAAUUAUCAAUUAUGAGUGCAGUGAAUGUAUUUAUGAAAGCAUUCCUGGUUGUCCAUAAAUGAAGACAGUAAACGUGGAAACUCUUAAGAAAACUUUUUCAUGUUACAUGAGAGGACACAGAGGCUUUUUACUGGAAGUACCAUCGCACGCAGGGAAGUUUUCUCCGUGGGCAGCUAAUCCGACUUAAUCCCAUUUAAUGUGUCGCGCUCCUCGAAAGUGCGAAAAUUUUCUUGUCGUGUAUUAGAUUUCAGAUACAUUAUGUUAAUCUUCAUUUCGCGCCAGAAUAAAUUAGUUUGCGCGCAAAGGGCUCCUAAAAAAAUCACAAGGUUUGUCCCACUUCGAGUCCACCUUCUGGAGAUACGCCGGCUUGGUAGCCGGAAUACAUUGCCGAGGCGAAGAUCUGGCAUUUUUUCCUCCUCGUCGUCUUUUCUUCACGACAAAUGUUUAUAUUUGUAGUGAGAAUGCAUCGCAUAUCAGUGGAUUUUACUUCAUGCGCCUUGCUACUUCUGAAAGAAGAGUGCCGGAUUUCAUCGUUUUGUUCAUGUUUAUUAGUGUUGGCAAAUGUAAGGUAAAUGAACCGACCACGUAAGGUAAGAAUUGAAGUUUUAAAUUUGUUACUCGGCGAAAAAUCGUGGAAUUGGAAUUCGUGAAACUCGUGAGUAUUACCUCUGUUACCUAAUGUCAUGCGAUGACUCCUCGCUUUUUCGAUGCGUAAAACGGAUACAAACGAUAAAUUUCUUUCGCAAAGUGAAGUAUAAUUUACUUAACGAGACCAUUUGACGUCUAUUUCUCGUUACAUGCUUUAUUCAUUAUAUUUGCUUGAGUUAUUCAGGCUACAUGCCAGGAGUUUGAUGACAAUGUUUGUGUGCUAUAAUUAUGCUGAUAAGUUUUUGCACCUUUAUAUUGAAACUCGUGUAAGCCAAACGUUUGUUAACUCUAGCAAAACACUCUUCUAUUAUGGAGGAACUUUUAACGUCUUUCGGGGCCCCAAUAUGGUGUCAGAUUUUUAGGGGAAACAAAGCUUGAUUUUUGGCCAAACAGACUAUAGCUUUUUUGCCUUUGAAGAGAGCGCGAGGCAAACGUCCGUGAGUACAGUGUAAGACAGUGAUUCUUUAGGCAGAGCUAACAAACAUAGGCUGCACUUUAGGUGGCACACCCAUGGGUGCAGUGUAACCUAGUGAUUCUUUAGGCAGAGCUAACAAACAUAGGCUGCACUUUAGGUGGCACACCCAUGGGUGCAGUGUAACCCAGUGAUUCUUUAGGUAGAGCUAACAAACAUAGGCUGCACUUUAGGUGGCACACCCAUGGGUGCAGUGUAACCCAGUGAUUCUUUAGGUAGAGCUAACAAACAUAGGCUGCACUUUAGGUGGCACACCCAUGGGUGCAGUGUAACCCAGUGAUUCUUUAGGUAGAGCUAACAAACAUAGGCUGCACUUUAGGUAGAGCUAACAAACAUAGGCUGCACUUUAGGUGGCACACCCAUGGGUGCAGUGUAACCCAGUGAUUCUUUAGGCAGAGCUAACAAACAUAGGCUGCACUUUAGGUGGCACACCCAUGGGUGCAGUGUAACCCAGUGAUUCUUUAGGUAGAGCUAACAAACAUAGGCUGCACUUUAGGUGGCACACCCAUGGGUGCAGUGUAACCCAGUGAUUCUUUAGGUAGAGCUAACAAACAUAGGCUGCACUUUAGGUGGCACACCCAUGGGUGCAGUGUAACCCAGUGAUUCUUUAGGUAGAGCUAACAAACAUAGGCUGCACUUUAUGUGGCACACCCAUGGGUGCAGUGUAACCAAGUGAUUCUUUAGGUAGAGCUAACAAACAUAGGCUGCACUUUAGGUGGCACAACCAUGGGUGCAGUGUAACCAAGUGAUUCUUUAGGUAGAGCUAACAAACAUAGGCUGCACUUUAGGUGGCACACCCAUGGGUGCAGUGUAACCCAGUGAUUCUUUAGGCAGAGCUUACAAACAUAGACUUGGGAUGGUAACAAGUUUUCCAGUUAAAACUUGGUCAUAAAGUGCUACACCAUGGCACUUCGACUAUUUCAUUAUCGCGCUUGUUUUGACGCACAAUUGAUAGUCAGGAGAAGUCGUAUUGUCUAAAGCCAUAGCAAAAGACAAAUUUACACACAUCACAGCGUUAAGGUAAGGUAAUACACGGUAUUUCCUUCAGGUACAUUUACAUUUUCUGUUUGGUUAUAAGCGAUUAAAUCGCAUGCAGCGACGAAAAAAACGCGAAGCCGUCAGAUAUUCUAGAACCGUGUUAUUUACAGUGCUGUGCAUUAUUAUUGCUUAACUAACUAACUACGCGCUGAUGGAAAUAAGUUUCGGCCGCUUUAAAUUUUGAAACAAUUCACUGGUACUGUAUAGUCAUGAAUUGGAGCGGAAAGUUAGCACGCGAGCAGGGCGAUUCUGGCGAUUCUGCUGUGGUUUCUGUAAUGUAGAAGAUAUUACGGCAAUGAGGCUCCCGAGGUCCGUUCUGGAAAUCACAACUACAUGUAGGAUGAAAUGUAUUCUGCGUGCAGACGUCUCCUUUUCCAGGUUAGGUUAAAUAAACCGUACCAACGGUUUGUUUAACAAAGCUCCCGCGAGACGGUUUCUUGGUGAUUUUAUUAAUUUUUCCGAUCCACUUUUUUUUUCAGCUCUAUUUUCGCGGCUUUUGCGAUACAAACUGUAUUCAUUUUUAGUUGUGAUGGCAUUACACUGCUUAAUCAUGACGGCUUUGGAAGAAACUGAAUAUAUUGCGCUUCGCGAUUUCGCAAAAUUGCUGCGGGAAUUAAAAAAUAUUUUCUUCUAAAAAAGGAUUUCACGCUUCUUUCUCUAGUCAAUUAUCUCGUUUGUCUCGUUUUCUAAAGGUCCUUGAGAACAGAAUAAGACAAUAUUUUAUUACCUACAACCUAAAAACCCGAUUUUUGACCAGAUCGAAACAAAACUGACCUCUGAAAUGGAAGAAGAAAAGCCUUUUAUUUUUGCCGGCUUCGGCCUGCCGACCAGAUCGUGUCUGUUUUGCUUUCAUAUGAUGACAUUUUCCUGACAGAAGGGUGUCGGGAAAAACACCUCGCGCUGAUCAUACGUGACAAAAUCCGCCGCGCCUAAGCUAAUUAAGAAAAGUCUCCUCGAAAGCUCCAUACAAUUCCUUAUAACAAAAUUAUAAGGAAUUGUAUGGAGCUCUCCGGGAUACUUACAGUGCAAGCCCUUUGUGUCUUCUCAUGUGCCAUUGUGUCUAAAAUAACUAUCAGUUAUAAAAAUAUGCUAAUCAAUCCCAUAAUUUACUUCCUCUAGUUGUGUAUUUAUGGACAUCUUGAUGUUCAACCAGCAAAACUGGUAAGAUAUUUUAAUUGAAAUCAAGAGGGCAGUGAUUCACAGUAUGGAUUCUAUUUAAGGCGGGGCAAGCAACCACUAUCAUAACUGGAACCUAGAUAACUGUCUUUCAAUAAUAUAUUGUGAAUGUGCUGUAAGAUACUGUCUAUCUAGCUAACUGUCAGAUUUUUUCAACAUGACAGUCCUAUUGCAUUGGGGAAUAGAAGGGAGAAACAAAUUUUUUUUAGCUCUGCCUUUGCUUAAACAGUCAUCGUAGUUGCAGCUUACACCCUCAGCUCUAGAAUUAAAAAUACCCAUGACAUUGUAAAUCAAUCCAUGUUUAAUAAACAACUUAGGCGAUGGCAUUGGCCCACCCAUUUCAACUUUACAGUCAACCCAGGUUAAGCGUAGCCCCCAAGAUCUCAUUAAUGAAUAUAUUAUCCGUUGGUAGUUGUAGAUUUCAGAUUCAUCUCUGCAUUUCUGUAUGCAUAAUAAGCAGUGAAUUCACACGUGAAACUCAACAGUGGUCAAACUUUUGUCAAAAUAAUUCAGUCAGAAAUCAGUAUUUUUAUCUUUUGACGGCAUUUACAUUUACAUGUAGCUCACUGUAAUUUGGUUUUAAGGACUUCUGCAAUACUGGGAAAAAUCAUACCAGCCAUGCCUUAAUAUCCUCAUAAUGUAAGUUCUGUGGAGUUGAACUUUCAUAUUUAUUGUAGGAUGAUGGAUGGGAUACAGAUCCUUUUGUGUUGACAGAAGUGGAUAGCAAACUGUAUGGCAGGGGAUCUACGGAUGAUAAGGUAACUCAUGCAUAGGCUUCACAGUUUUAUAGGAAAGAAAAUUUAAUCAUAAGUUUCCAGGGUUAUUAAAGGGGAAAAGAAAGGUAGAUUUGAGACUUUGCGAGACUGGGAGACCCUGGUUUCAAAAUUCAAGACUGAGACUUAAACGUCAUUAUCAAUUCCAAGCCCAAGACUUUACCUCUAAAAAAUCGAAGCUAGAGAGAUUUCGAGAUUGGCCCAAAAUUUUCUGAGACCCACGGUUUUCAAGGUAUUAUUGCAUACCCCUGUAUAUGUUCGGGUUCAAUUAUUUUUUUCCUAGGUAAAGGUAACGGCACACUUGAGCCAAAGGCCCAAACGGCUGGAGCUUAUCACGGUUUCCUUAACAUGAAGCAUGCCCAGGAGUAUUGCUACUCCUCCCAGGACAGGAUGCUAGUCCGUCGCAGGGUUACUCCUCAGUAGUAUGUUGUCGGUUACUCAUUCAUACACCUGGGUGAAGAGCUAUUAAGUGGAGUAAAGUUCCUCAUCUAAUGAAACGACGCGACAGUCCGAGGCUUGAACCCUGGACCUCCAGAUCUGGAGUUCGAGGUGUUAACCACUCUGCCACACACGCCUCUGCAUUUUCAUCUUAGUUUUGGUUUAAAUUUUAUUUUCCUUUCUUUGGGGAUAUGGUAAUGGCUGAUAAUGAGUUAAAAAGAAAGGAAAAUAAAAUUCAAACAUGAAGUAUGAAAUUGCUGUUGGUGCUCACUCUUAUGGAAAAUACCCAUUUUUUCUAGAUCUGUGUAUAAACUUUCUCUCUGGCAGACAUUUUCUUGAGCUUAACUCUUUCUGCUUCAGAGAGGUGUUUACUUGUGAUAUUGUUUCAUUAAAAAAAUGACAACUUGUCAAAAUUGUUUUCAUCCUGUCCCCACCUCCCCAGCAUCCCAAUAAUAUAAUCUAAUGAAUGAUACUAAUAAAAAUUAUGCUGUUGAAGGGUCCAGUGUUAGCAUGGUUGAAUGCCAUUGAAGCAUACAAGGAGACUGGUAAUGAGCUGCCAAUCAAUCUCAAGGUAUAAUAAUAUUAUUAUCUGUGGAAGUUAACAGUAGUUGCCAGUUAGCCAGGGAUCAUUGGGUUGUGUAAUUGUAGAUCAAGGACCUGUCAAAUUUAGUGUAAAACGUGUAAUUUGAUUGCCUGGAAAACACCUUACAAGAGUUACAGCACUUACAUAUUACAGGCCUUCUAAUGAGGUGUGAAGAAUAAGUUGUCAAAUUAAGUGGCACAAAAAGUCUAUUAAUUAUGCCAGAAAUUUUGCAACUCAAAUUCAACCUUCAAUUUUGUGCCUUCAUUCCUUUCAGCACAAGUUGCCUGUGAUGGGCAAGCAAUGGGUAAACAGGAAUUAAUACUUCUUUUAAUUAACAAUUUUUAUCAUUAACAAUUUUUAUCCUUCUAAUAACUGGUUAGAAGCAACAUCUCAAGCUACAGGUGAAAGUUGAGUUACAAUUGGCAACAAAAGUAUAGUUGGGAAACUUUGCCCUCAGGGGCCUCUCUAAGGUUUAACCACCCCCUCCAUGCGCUUCUGUGCUGCUGUUUGAGCUACCUGUAGAAAACAACAAACACCCCAGCUUUAAAUGGAGGGGAGGGGGAGGGGUGUUGAUUGUUUUGUUCUUCCAACUUACCCCAUUAUGUUGUCACCGAUUGUGGCUAGUUUAUCUUGUUUUAGACAGGUCGAGACGUAAAAAUGAAUUUUUUGGCUAAUUUGUUUUCUGCAGUUUGUCUUUGAAGGGAUGGAGGAAUCAGGCAGUGAGGGCUUAGAUGAGCUGAUCUAUGCCAAGAAAGAUACCUUCUUCCAGGUUUGUUUUAAUUAGGCCCAGUUCAAACAUCAAAUUUUUCAUGUGCUGUACUUAAUACCUAGUUAGUUCGACCCAAAUUAUACAGGUUUGACAGUUGAUUCGGACUUAAUCACUUGAACUCAAUUCAUUUUCAUGAUGUACAAUGAUCUACAUUGCUUACCAGUUAAAAUAGAUUUUUGUGGUUCAUGCAGAGGGUUUGAUCGGCGCAGGAGAAGUUCAUUGUUUGAAUCAAAGUCAAAUUGUUAUUCAUGGGUCGACCCAAAUAAGAUAUGUCGAACUUCAUUCAUGAUUUAAACAUUGAUCUCUUAAUGUACUUAAUUGGAGGGAUUAGGUGUGGUACAUGAAAAGUUCGACAUUUGAACUCAGGGCCUUACUGAAGUUGGAAUAAUCUUUAAAAUUAUAAUGUACCUAGGAUUAUUGAGUAAUUUGAUAUAUUUGAUUUUCUUUUUUAGAAUGUUGAUUAUGUGUGUAUAUCUGACAAUUAUUGGCUUGGCAAAAGAAAACCUUGCAUCACCUACGGUUUGCGGUAAGACAGGAGAGAACUAUCAGGGGCACCCAACGAGGAAAUAGUUCAAUACCACUUAACAUAGCAUUGUUGAACGUAUUGUAGUAUUUAAACGGUAGAUAUAGGCAUAUUUUUAUCCCCUAAAAACUUUUCAUCUGUUCGGAUUUCCUAGCUGAAAGUCUAGCGAUCCGAAAAUUAUAGGGAUAAAAACUUACCUUCUCGAAAAUUUCAGCUAGGAAAAGGCUCCCGAAAAUUCUAGGUGGCCUUUUUUAGGGUCAAAAUCCGUUAAAAAUGGGUAAUUAUACCAUUUUGUAGAUGCUCUAAAAUCCUAGGAGAGGCAGGCAAGCAAGAAAUUUUAUAACAAAUGCUCCGAAAAUGCUACAUCUCAAAUCGUCUUCUGAACAGAUAUUUUCCCGAAAAUUGCCGUUGGGUGCCCCUGAACUAUUACUUUAGCAGCAUCCACGUUUUGACUACUCUUUGGGGCCAGUGUGGAAAGCAUGAAUUUUGGUGUCAGAGUUGAGAGAGCUUAAUAGUGGGUUGCAUGAUUAAAUGGAAUAAGAUCUGAAGAACAUGUCACAUGCAAGAAAGUCUUGCAUCACUUAUGGCUUGGACAGAAGAAAUAUUUAAGACAGAAAAUUAUGUAACAGCAUCACCCACGGCUGUUGAACAACUGGGGCCAGUAUGAAAAGCAUGGGUGUUGGUGUCGGAGAGCUUAGAGUAAAUGGUCCAAUUAAAUCUAAAAAUCUUGUUGUCACUGUCAAACUGUAGUUUUAGAUUGAGCACUAAUGAAGCAGAGAUGUACUUUAAUUCUAUCCACAGAGGAAUCUGCUAUUUCGGUAUUGAGGUUUCUUGUGCAUCAAAGGAUCUACAUUCUGGUGUUUUUGGUGGCACUGUGUAAGUGGUAUUAAACUUAAACCCAUUUAAUUUCCAAGACUGCCCCGCAUCUCUAUGCUGUAAAUCUGACACUCCUACCAGUUGGCUAUGAAAACUGAAAUAAAUUUGAUUGUUCAUGCGUUAGAGUGCAAAGCUGGCAGGGUCAGAGUACAGGUUGAAGUGCCAUUUGGUAGCAAAGAUGCUUGAAGCCAUGCUGCAAGAGAUUUUUGCUUUGCUUCAAGGGAAAAUAAUCCCUGACCAUCCCUUCUUGCAGUAGCUCUUUUGCCAAAACAAAAACGUUUCUUGAAAUAAAGCACUGCAGCCCUGAGAAUACUUCUUAAAAUAUUCCUCUGUACACAUGCAGACAUGAGGCCAUGUCAGACCUUAUUUACCUGCUGGAUCAGUUAGUAGACCUGAAAGGCAACAUAAUCAUCCCAGAAGUCAACAGAGAUGUGGCUCCUUUAACUGAUGACGAGAGAGCAACUUACACAGACAUCGAUUUUGACAAAGUGAGUAAUGAGUUUAGGAUUUGUGGGAUCGUUUAUUUGCUCACAAACUCCCUAUCAACCAUUUUAUGUCUUACGUGUUUGUAAACCUGUCAGUGUAUCAUUCAGCACAACUAAAGCAAAAAAAAAUUUUUUUGAAGGUUUUGGUUUGUGGUAGGAGAAACGUUUAAAGUGUCAACAACAUAUAUUGCAACAAUUGCCCACGGCUAGCCCGAGAAAAUAGCUGACAUUUCGCGAUGUCAGGACUAGUUUCGCCAUAAAAUGACUUCUAAUCGCUUCAACCAGUCAAACCUGUUCCAGGCUCUCGGAUAGUGGGGAAUACUAUCUCGGAGUCUGGAACAGGCUACAACCAAUCAGAAGCGCUGCCAAGAUCUGUGCAGUGACGAGUCAUCAGUAUGGAGUUUCUCUCGUUCCUCAGACAUCAUUUUGCGGGAAAACCAGUUGUGGCUUUGGGAAAUGUCAGCUGCUUUGUUAGGGUAGCUUACGGCAGGCAAGUGCUUGUAUUCUAAGACCGCUUAUUCAACACACGUACUAGCCUGCGUAGCAAGCGUUUCUGUCGUUUCAUUUCUCAUGCGGCCAAAACCGAAAAUCCCGUUCCCAUUUUCUCCCAAAGAAAUGUCCUGGAUGGUUUGGUAUGUGAUUUUCAACAUCCAAACGACUCUUGUUGCGCUAUCAUCACAGGAGUGUAACGAUAGUAAGCUGGCCUAAAAACCUUGAACUUUUUCAAAGUUUUCCGGGUGGUUUUCUUUGGCGCUCAUAUGUUUGGAGAGAAUCUCAUAAGAUUAAAGAUAACUUAAAGGAGCUUUAGAAUCACUCGCCUCACUAGUACAUUUGUUUACUGUAUUUGUUUGUUUGUUAUUUUUAGCAUGCAGACACCCACUCCGUGAUUCUGUACUUUUCUCAAACCUAACCUGUUCCAGGCGUUUAAGUAAUGGAGAGUCCAAACAGGUCCCUGCAAAUUGUGAUACUUGUGAUGACAAAUAUUGUUUACAAACAUUUUCUUUCUUAGGAUGAGUACCGGGAAGACAUUGGUCACAACAAACUGAUCCACGAUACAAAGGAGGAAGUAUUAAUGCACCGCUGGCGAUACCCCUCUCUUUCCAUUCAUGGUAUGUCUUACUAGAAUUUAUAAAUAAUUAUCUGCCGGUUACUACUUUCACUGCUCAAGAAACAGAUUCUCUCGCGCGACCUUGUGAAGUAAAAUGUCUGUCUGACUGGUUAUCUUGGAUGGUCAACAAUAAUUCUCUUAACCUCAUAAAUGACUUGAACAUGAUAUACUGCAGGGGGAAUUUUUUGCUUCAAUCGGCAACAAAAUUGUUGAGUCACUAUUCUCAAAUGGAGGUUUUUGGAGAACAAAGCAAUGUGCAUCCCUCUUCUCUCCCCUCCAUUCAAAGGUGGGUUGCUUGUUGUUUCUUACAGAUAGCUCGUGCAGCGGUACAAUGUUAAAGGAUGGAGGGGAGAGGGGCGGAAGGGGGGUGAAAGCUUAAUUUCCCCCUUUUGAAGUCGGCAAAACAUCGCAAAGUCCCUUUAAGGCAAAGUGGCUCAACUAAUUUUCUCGUCGAUUGUUGCUGAUCAGAUUACGCUGAUUGUAAAGAGAAUUUAUUUCCGCGUUGGUACAGCAGAUUGUGAUUAUUCAGUGUUUACUUCUGCAAAUAUGAAGGUUUACUAGUCAGAAUUAUUCUCUGUUGUAUUGACUUGUCCCAUUUCCACUGGACCCGGAAAAGGGUGUGGCUGUUAAUUUGAUCAGAUACACCAAGAAAGCUGUGCUUAUUGACCAUAGGGAAAAACGUCGCUUAAAAAGGGAAUUCGCGUGCUUUGAAUCUUCAUCGCAAUUAUUCCAACUCAUUCACUGUGUCCAAUGUUGGCGAACUCUCCUGGAAUUGAAUUCCUACCAUAAACAAGUUCAAAAAGAGGAAGAAAAUUUCGUCGUGGCUUGUUUACCCCUUCCUUAAAAACGUGAAAGUAGGCGUCAGUUUUCAAGUCAUGUCGUGCAGUGGCGCCGCGCAAGGAAAUGUACAAAAAGGUUUGCUUCAAGUGCAAAGUUGUUGUUUUUUUAUUAAACCUAUUGCUAUUUUGAAAGUCGUUGCCGUCGCUGUCGUCGAAUCUUAAGGUCCCUAAUAAUAUCCACUCAUAACAUCUCUCGCACUGGAAGUUUAAAACCAAUGGGGUGGUCAGACACUAAUUAGCUUCAGCAGUUGCCCAUCAAAGAGGCUUUGUUAUUAUUUGUCGGUUCAGUUUUCUGAGAGUAUCACAACAACAACAACCGCAAAGAAAACCUUUUCUUUAUUUUCUUUAUUCAGGCAUUGAAGGUGCCUUCUAUGAACCUGGUUCGAAAACAGUCAUUCCCAGAAAGGUGCGUAUGUGUUGCUUUUGUGCUUGUUUACGAUAUUCCAAUCAGGUGGCCGAUACUUGGUUAACUGCGUCAGGUAGAUAAGCUUGGAUACCAUUGCUACGAUUGACGACUACGUGAAUCAGUUUAAGAUAUUUGUGUUAAGCCUUAAGUGGAAAAAGCCUUUGAGCCACAUGUGCAGUCAACUGCGUUUUUACGCUUAUUGCUUUUUUGCAGGCUUUCAGGAAUUGUGGUCGUUUCGCCCGGACGAGAGUUCGCCCGAUGAAAAACAGCACUCUACAACACGGCUUAUCAAAGAUGCUUUUAGUUAAGCUUGGAUUCUAUUGCUGCGAUUACUAAAAAAAGCUCGAGCGAUCUGAACGAACUUAUUGAUCUCGUUAAUCACAUUCGAGAUACUGAAACUGACUGUACAUAAAAACUGAAGCCGGUCUAUAUGUACCUCAGCGAUUGCAACGAUCGCUACGUCGAUCUUUCAUAUGUAUUUUGUUUGAAGUUUUCACUGAAAAAAGUUGUCGAUCCACAUGUGCAGGCACUGUCUUUCACACUUUUUCAGUUUUCCAGGCUUAAAGAACGACAAAUAAACAUCGGGCGAAUCGACUUGCGUCCGGGUGAAUCAACCUCGCGCGAAACGCCCUGUUACCACUUCAAGAAUGACCAAUACUGUACUCAUCGGACGAAUCGUCUUAAGUCCGGACGAACUGCCGCUGGGUGAAACGACCUUUGGGCUAAACGAACUGAUACCGAUCAAAUUAUUUUGUGCUACAAUCCCCCCACCAUCACAUACCAUAGUUUCUAUUGAAACUAACCUCUUCAUUUUUUUCUAGGUGAUUGGCAAGUUUUCAAUCCGUUUAGUACCUAAUAUGACACCUGAAACCGUCAAGGAACAAGUUUUCAAAUAUAUCAAGGAACUUCAUGAAAAAAGAGGAAGCCCAAAUACUCUAAAGUAAGUAAUAAGCCUUUAAAAUUUCGUGAAAGAAUUUCAAGAAAUUCUGGCCGCUGUUUUAUGGAGGAUGAGCUGUGAAAACAGCUUAGCUUGUAACACACUUGUUUUACACCUGCGAAAUUUUAUCAUUUUGUUAGCUGCCUUUAUCGCUUUACGAAUACCUCGGCCGCUUUCUUAUAUCUAGCGAAAUUUGUCUUAUAGCGUUGCGAGUUAUUGACGCCUGUUCAAAAACUUGCAACGCAAGAAUUGUGCAGGAAAUUGUCCGCGCAUCCAAGUUACAGGACAUCAACUUUGAACGCAACACCGUUGCGCUGAGCGAGGUCGUUGUUGCGAAUCGUUCUAUGUGACAUCAUCUUUAGCCUGAUAUAUCUUAACAAUUUCGCGCAGGAUUAGACGCAAAAACCAGUUUGAUUAACCAGUUCAUUCUUUAAUUGAUUGACGGUAGUCGGUAGAGUUUUUAUUUUUAUAUGGGUCUUAGAGCAAGGAUCCUUCCGAGCAUUGCUUUCGCUGCUUAGAAGGGCGCUCCGGAAAAUAUCCAGAAGUAAGAGGAAAAAAUAAUGUAGGCGGCAGCAUGUUGGAUGGAAAGGUGCUUUUAUGUUGGGGGUAGGUGUGGGAAUAGGAAUGAUCCCCUCCCCCUCCAUUGAAGGUAUCUGGGGGCCUGGUAACAAUUUAGAAUUGUGGGCCAUGAAAAGUGAAUUUCAGUGCAUUUAGCGCGACCGGGGAAAUAAUGUUAGCCAUGAGGAUAACAUCUUUAUUUACCCACAUUUAGUUAUACUCUAAAUCUUGUUUCCUUUCAUCCAACGAAGUGUGCGAAGCAAAUGCGAUAAAUUUUUUAUCCCCAUUCUCCUUAAAAAAGAAAAAAAAAAUUUUUUUCUGUAAAUAGUGGCGCUUGUUCUUCCUUUAUUCAGCUUUAUGACUAGAGGACGAUAUUAGCCGGUCGCCGGAACUUUUGAAGAACCCCUUUAAAUCACACAAGCACUGAAACAUGUUCGGACUAAACAUGUUUCAUAAAUUACCUUAGCAAUUUGGGCAAAUUGUAAAAGCUCUCGGCUGUCAAAAUGUUAUUCAUCACCAAACUUAGUCAAAUAUGAGUUUUGUUACAAAAGGUACUCCACGUUAGAAAGGUUUGUGUGUUUAAUGAAACAUUUUUAUGCUUCGAUUGGGAAGACAGUACUACUGUACAUUUAAUGGCGACGGGGGGGGGGGCAUACCACUACCCAGGAGUCUGGAGCAAUCAUGUGAGGUCCCUGCCUUUGGGCAUUGACUGAUGGGGCUUAAGAACUUACUUUAGUGUAUUGUAAACGACGGCUAAUUUACUGUGCAAUUUUCAAACUUUACAUCGCCCGUUUCACUGGUAUUAUCACAAAUAGGUAUUUCAGUAAAAGAUUCAAUCGUGGUGUUGUUCCUAGUUACUCUUGCCGGCUCCAGGAGAUUAAGGCCGGAACAGAAUACUAACCUACAUUUUUCUGGUUUGGGCGCUUGUCGCUUGUAUUCAACGAGAUUUUAUCGUUUCCCUUCAAGAUUUAGCAAUUAAGUUACAUUUUAUUUGGUUAUGGUUCCUGUUGUAUCUGAGAAAACCGUAACACAGCGAUAAGGUUUUUUAUUCGAUUACAACCUGACUGAGCUUAGCAGCAUAGACGAGAAUUAACUUAAAUCUAUAAAAUUCGCACUGAUCGUUUCAUAAAGAAGACCCUUAAACUUAAAAAAUGUGGUUGUUACACACGAUGGUACAAAUGGUCUAAGAGCGACCUUAUCAGUCGGGUGCUUAAGAAAAUUCUGUGGUCUGAUGAAAAAUUUGAAGUAUCUGCGAGAACUGUACAGUACCGCAAAUGAUCCCCAACCGCAAAUGAUCCCGAGACCGCAAAUGAUCCCCAAAAUGGACCGCAAAUGAUCCCAGACCGCAAGUGAUCCCCAAAGUCGACCGCAAAUGAUCCCGAAAGAAAAAUAGGAAUGGCUUAGACUCGAGUUAGCGGAUCGUCGUGACGAUUUUAUUAUUAAUACAAAAAGUAAGAUUAAACGCUAAAUUUCAGUUCUUAAAUAAAUACGUAUAUAGAUGAAAAAAAAACUAAAUGAAAAAAAUCAUUCAAGUGUGUCGGUAGGCAACACACGACUUUUACCUAAUGCCAAAAUGCUGCUUGUUCCAAUGAAUUUUUUUCUCUGGCGGGUAGAUUAUACCUGAAGAAAAACGUUUUGACUGAGCAAAUGUGAUUUUUGCCGCUUAUUUCAUACUGAGAGGUCAUGACACGCAUUUUCUGCGGUUAUUGGUGUUUGUGGUCGGCAUGAUUUGCUGGAUUUGUCCUUUAAUGCAAGAGCAUUUCUUUGACCUCUUUUAAAAUGCAAUGCUUCUCAUUGCGGCUAAAUAAGGGUUUUAGGUUGUUUAAUUUUCUUUAAAGUGCCUCAUGGAUCCGAACAAUUAUAAGCGACUUUCUUUUAGUCCGUGAUUCUGACGGUUCCUACGAUGUUUUGUCACGCGAUAACUACCGCUUGCCUCGCUUUUGCGUUUCUCAUUACCAGGUUUAGAUUCCUGGUAACUGUCUCCAGCAACGGCAAAAAAAUGGAUAUACAUAUAAGCGUCAAUAUAACUAUUCGCAACAUGUUCAUGAGCUCUAGGCAAGUUGCUCUUUCAAAAUAAACCGAAAACUGUGGACAUUGAUAAGUUCGGUGGCAUUUUGACGUGCCUUUUAUUUCAAAUCAUGUCUUGUUUUUUAACGGGCUCCAGGCCUGCUGUUUAUCACGUAAAAUCAACACUUCAGAGAAAAAUCAAAACUAAAUAUUCUGAAAAUUAAUUCGACGCUUCUAAAAAGAUCAGUAAAGUCAAUAAAGCUCUUGUUAUGUAGAGGGUGCCCGGCUUUGUAUUCCUCAGUAGACAAGUUGAGCUUGGGCGUUAAAGUAAUAGAGUUUUUUCUGCGUAACGUCCUGCCUGUCUUAAAUUUUCAGUGACGAAGCAGUUCUUGAAAGAAAAUUGAAGCAAUUGACAAAGGAAGAAGUAUACGGUUGAUACCAUAUCCUUUUCAGAUUUAUUCUACUUUUUUUUCGCCUUGUAUAAAUUGACCUGAGAUGUAGCGUCCUCCUUCCCUUUUUCUUUAGAAGGCGCGAGAAGAAGGUUCCUUUUUUUAUAAUCAGUCUUUUUUUUGUAAUCAGUCCCAUAAAAUCCAUUCCAUUCCUCAAGUUUUCACGGGAUCAUUUGCGGUCAACUUUGGGGAUCACUUGCGGUCGAGGAUCAUUUGCGGUCCAUUUUGGGGAUCAUUUGCGGUCUCGGGAUCAUUUGCGGUUGGGGAUCAUUUGCGGUACUGUACAGAACUCAGCAGGUCUCCAGUUGUUCGAAUUUGGUUGUAAUAAACAACCGCCACCCAACAGUAAGCGCGUCGUGUGACUGUUGUUCCCGCCCAAAAAGGAACUUACCCGACCUCACCACGUGCGUAACAGGCAAAUACAUUUUGAGUGAUCUGAGAAUGUUCGCGGCAAUUCCAUCACAGUUGAUGCACGUGACCUGACACCGUGCGUGACGCACUUUUAGGGUCAGCUUACACCACAGCGGUCCACCAUGGGUUGGCGACAUCAAUCACCUCAAUUAUCAAGCUGCUAGAAGAGCUUUAACAACUGGUCAGUAACUGUCUUUUCUUUUCGCUAACGUAACUACUGCGCCGCAGGAAGCAUGGCAGGCAACCUGUCCAACUUAACUUUUUUCCUCCAUUCUGUACAAUGGAGAAGAGAAGUGAUGAGGUCACAAAAAUCAAAUUGGCGAAAUUAUGGGAUUGGUUGGCAUAUUCAGUAAGAACAAGCUUUUGUUUGUUUUGUUUUAUUUUUGUUGUUGUUUUUUUAUUUCAUUUAUUCUAAGGUGCAACAAUUACAAUAAUUAUCACAUAGCAUACAUACACACACGGACUACAUGCGUAAACACAUAUGCAAUAAUAUAAUGGGACGUUAGUCCCGUUGCACCUACCCCUUUUGGGUUUUUGCUUGUUUUUUCCUUUUCUUUUCUUUCCUUUUUUUCUUUUUUUUUUUUUAAGUUGUGUUAUAAAUUUAUAUUGUAUAUCACAAGAGGAGCACCCAAUAAAGCUGUGAAAAAAAAAAAUAAUAAUAAUCACCACAUCAGCCUAUUUCAGUGCUAUGCCUAUAUCACUUAACAAGUGCUAUAGUGCUUUUCGAAAACAGAAGAAACUAAAUACUGAGAAAGUCCACUUGUAUAAUAAUUUUUGUAUUGAAGAUUUAAAUUAGAUUACAAAGUCCACUUGCCCAUUAGUUUUUGCAAACUCUAACUAUAAAACUAUAAUCUAACUACUCUAAACUAUAUAUGGUGCUUAUAUCUCUUCCCCAAUUUGCACCAACAGGCACAUUUUGAGCAAGUGGAGAUUUUUGAUCUUGUUCUUUCUGAACAUGCCAGCCUGUCCCAUAUAAUUUCACAAAUUUAGUUUUAGUGAGGUCAUUACUUUUCUCCUCUCUACUAUGACAUCUCUUCACCGUCACAUGUUCGAGAUGCCCUCCCCCUUUUUAGCCUCUUAUCUCCAGCACUAAACCCUCGUAUUCAGUUACAUUGUUGCUGUUUUUCUUUUUUUAUAUACUAGUUUAAAGAAAACCGUCUCUUAUUCACUAGUGGUGUAUUUUUGUGCACUUAAGUGGGUGGAACCCAGGUCCAUCUUUAGCCUGUACAUACUAUGUCAUCCUGCUAAAUUGUUGUAUCGUGUUGCUUAUCGCUUUAUAUUUGCUUUCAUUAGUUCAUGGCGUGCAACCAGACAUGACUCGUGAUGGGUGUAGUAUCCCUGUGACACUAGCCCUGCAGAAUGCAAUGCAAAAGAACAUUGUUCUCCUUCCAAUCGGCGCGUGUGAUGAUGGGGCGCACUCCCAGAACGAGAAAAUUAACAUUGUAAAUUACGUUCAAGGGGUAAGUUUUGCUCGUCUUCUGCUCAUGAAAAAAAAUUUUAACAAUGCUUGCGCAUGUUGGAAGUCACAAAGGAGAGAUAGUGUCGCGACACAUCAGUUGAGGGAAAUGUUCGCUGUUGCGCCGAUACUCUUUAAUUCGUGCAAUGCAAGACGUUUCCCAAAUUGCUGAAAGCAAGUGAAAAAUAUAAUUCGUUAUUUUCUCCUUUUUCCUUUGUAGACUAAAGCUUUGGUUGCGUACUUGGAAGAACUGGGCCAACUUGCUGACCGGAAGUAGACAUCAAUUUUUAGGGUCCAGUUUAAAGAAGGGCACGACAAUGAAUUGCUUUUUUAAUAUUUGUUUGGUUUUCGUUGAUCACACUCGGCUCUCUCCAUGGUCUAUGGUUUGCUAAAUUCGCUUUAUUGUUUACUAUUUCUAUCUUUACCUGCUCCCCUUUUUGUGUAAGAUGGGGUCUCUUAGCAAGUAUCCUUAACGGUGUCUGUAUGGUGCCUUGUAUCGUUUUGUGAUUUCUGUGGGCGUCAAAGUCUUAGUAGUCUCCUACUCUUCCGUUCUUCGUGUCGACACGAAAUUUUCCUCCUCAAGCUACGUUAAAACGAACAACAUGUGUUGGAACAUUGCUGCAAAGCGAGUCGAAUAGCGAUAUUGUACGUUUUACCACUCACGAGUCAGGUAGGGGUGUUGCAAGUUGCGUGAAUACUAAAUUCUGAUUAGAUAAAAUUACGCGGGAGCCACUCCAUACACGGGAGUUAGGUCACUUGCUGCAAAAUAAGUUUGCCUUGGGUCGGUAAAACGCGCAACAUGUACAGCAAAGAGCAGAGCUUCUCUCUACUUUCUGCAACAGACUUUCGCAACCUGCAACAUCCUGAACGUGGCUGCAGUAUCAUAUGAUACAGUACAGAUCACUUUCACUCACGUGGUCGGCAACUUUUUUUAAAGAAAAGAAAUUUUUUAUGUGAGAAGAGAAGAGUCCAAUCCAAGUCCCAGAGGAUUUUUGGGUUCACAAACAUGGCCGCUGUUUCAUUCUUUUCAGUGGUACAUUAGUAACAAGGACGGCAAAAAAGCAAGAGGGUUAGAUUAGCAAAACAACAUUUUUGCACGUGCAUCACGCUGUUUUGUACAUUUCUUUGCCGUCGUUGCACAACUACGACGUGAAACUGCGGGCGUGAACACAAUACAACGACCCUCUUUUUCUUUUCCUGAACUCUAAUACAGUCCUUUAUAAUUCAACUCCAGAAAAAUUCGCCAACAUCUGAUGAAUAGAGCGAGAUAGAAUAAGCGCGAUAAAGUUUAAACCAACACGAACACACUUUAAAACUGACGUUUUCUUGGCCGUCGCCGUCAUUGUUGCUUAAGCUCCCUAGUAUGGCAUGGCCGCCAUGACGUCACGUGAAAACCACCUAUUAAGUUUCCCUUAAACGGACAGGGGUCCGUUUUGAAGACCUAUGUAAGAGGCGCAGGUAAAAAGACUGAAGAAUGUUAUGGACCAACUCUAGGAGGUCUCCGUUAAGAGAGAGUUGACUACACUAGCAGUGCGUUGUAAGCGAGAAUAAGAAUUCUUUUCCCGUUCGGGUUCAGUUAAAGAACGGGAGUUUUCGAAAGCUUUGUCUCCGAGUACGCACUUGUGUCAACGGAAAAACACUUUAGUAUGAGGGCAUCAAUAUUUUAGUCGUGUGUUAAAAGUUAAUAUUAGUAUUUUCUAAAUACGAAGUUCAUUGAAAAUCCUUAUCUAAGUGAUCUCACUGUAAAUCAUAUAAUAUAUAGAAUAUUUUUUUUUAUUAAAAGUGAACUUAUAAACUCAUGGCGUCAACUGUUUGAUUACAUCCCCGAUAUUGAAUCAGCCGUGUGCGUGAUUCAGCAUUGUUAACACGAUCUUCAAAAUACCGGGUGAGACGACGCUAUUGUCAUAGUGUCACAGGUCCUAGCUUGUGUUCAGAGGUGCUGGCUAAUUUUUUCACGGGAAUCUCGUUAUGUGAGUUUCCGCUCGUCAUUUUUUUUUCCUUUUUCGGUUCGGGGGCAGGGUCUGGGUACACGUAGGCUAUGUGUGACUAGUUGUUGUGCAGCAAGAAAGUCAACCGAGAGAGAACUGACUUGCGGCAUUUUGCGUCCAUCUGCAAAAUUUAACUCCCGGAAGAAAUUUAGUGUCUCAUGUUCACAAGGGAACGGUAGCAAUCAUUUUUCGUGGUGAUUGUCGCAAAACAAAUUCCUCGCACGAGCAGAGUGUUGAUUUUGAUUUCUUUUCUCUUCUUUUUUUAAUCGCCUGCUUGUCACUGAAAGGAGACGUCUCUCUCAUUUAUUCACUAGGCAUAUAAUUCAUUGCGCAUAUGUCACUUAUCGAUGCAGUAUGCCGGAUGUUUGUCGCGUGAACCAAGUUCCUCCAACAAUUCUCCAUUAACUCAGUGGUAGAACAUCUGGACUAGUUGUUCGAAGACCGAUUAGCGCUUAAGCCAGGGCUAAAUUUAACCCGGGAGUCUAUUUCUUUUGUUUAAAAGUAUUUUCUCGGAUAAUUUUCUCUGUUAUUUUUAAGGGCAUCCAAUCAUCAACUUGUUGACAAAAAGACUAAAACUGAAAUUACUUCAUAAGCUUUCAUAUCUGAAUUCAAAUUUCGCACUAACCCUGGGUUAUCUUAACCCAGCUUUGAACAACUCGGCCCUGAAGGUCAUAUGCUUUCGAAUCGCCUUUGUCACUAACAUUUUGCGUCUUUCCUUUCAGCGUGACAAUGGGACAUGGAGGUCGGCCAUGGGUGAGUGAUUACAACCAUGAAAACUACCAAGCAGCCAGGAGGGCACUCAAAACAGGUUCGUCUUAGGCCCCGUUAAUAUGGAGAAAACUUGUCUUGGUAGAAGGGUCAUUCACCUACCCGAGCUACCCUGGGCGAGCCAACUUUCAAAACUCGACGAAGCGUUACAUGAGACCGUUUACACGAGAAACAAAGAGAUGGCUCGGCUAGGAGGGUGAUCCGCCUAUGAAAAUACAGAAGGAAGGAAGGAAGGAGUCAUGGAUGAGAGGACAACAGACGUGCCCUCUUUACAAUAUAUAUUAGGGAGCUUUAGCAUGUACGACGGCAACUGCAGCGAAAACGUCAGUUUUAAAAUGAAUUCCCGUUUUUUCAAUCUUUGUCGCGUUUAUUCCAAUUUGCUGAAAAUGGCAAGUGUAGGCGAAUUUCCCUAGAGUUGAUUUCUUGAGGACCGCACUCAACUUUAGAGAGAGAAUAAGAGAUUCGUCGUCGCUUGUUUACGUCCUCCAUAAAACUUGCAAUUAGGCAUUUUCGCGUCGUAAUCGUGCAAGGACGGCAAAGAAAUGUACAAAAAAGCGUGAUGCACGUACAAAGUUGUUGUUUUGCGUAAUAGACGUACUGCUUUUUUGACGUUCUCUUUGCCGUCGCCGUCGUCGUUGCUAAAGCUCCCUAUUAACAUGUGAACAGUAAGCUUCGACGUCAGUAUACAAUGGCUUUACUGUCAGCCGCCCUCAGUCCAUUUAUACUCACCCAACCCAUGAUGUGAAUGAUGUGAUGUGUGAAGCUUGACCACACCACCUGGUCUACGUCCCCUACUCUUUUCGAACAGUGGUGUGGGUACGUCCCACAAGAACCAGCUGAGUGUAACGGCUGUGAGACGGGACCUACCUACUGUAUUCUUCUCUUCUUUACUGCAGUAUUUGGAACUGACCCCGACAUGACCCGUGAAGGUGGAAGCAUCCCCGUGACUUUAACUUUGCAGGAAGCCACUGAAAAGAAUGUUGUGCUUCUGCCUUUGGGUGCAUGCGAUGAUGGCGCGCACUCGCAGAACGAGAAGAUGGAUCGAAAGAACUACAUCGAGGGAGUGAGUAUUUUUGUGGUAUUCAAUGACGACAUGCCUUAUAUCUCCUAA